AUGCAAUAUAAUGUAGAAAUUAUUCGUCUCCCAGUGAAGCAUUGUUGUUUGAAUCCAAUUGAAUUAUGUUGGACCAGUCUGAAAGAUUAUGUUCGCAAGAAUAAUACACUAUUUCGAAUGACUGAUGUACGUGAUCUUGCUGCUGAAUUCAUUGCAGGUUACGAUGGUGACGCUUCCGCCAAGGCAAUAGCACAUACACGAAAAAUCGAGAAUCAAUUUAGAGAUGCUGAUCGGUUUAUUGAAGAACAUCUUGAAUCUGAUUCGAUGGAUUAUGCUUCGGACGACGAAUCUAAUGUCUCGUCAGAAGAUGAUGAAGAAAAUAGUAACAGUUGA